CUCCCUACACCCCCGCCCCCGCAGCCUACGGCUCAGAAUCUGAAUUCCAACAACGACAACAACAGUGCCAACUCCCCACAGGAGGACUUUGUGCUAUAUCCUCCCCAGCAUCCCAGGGACUCUCGUGCGCCAGCACUUCCGAGUACAACCCCUAGAUUUCCUGCCAAUCAUCCAUCUCUGGUCCUCCCCUAUUCAACAGUCCCGCCAACUCCACCUAUCAGAAACGGCAACAAAUCCCAAUAAAUCACCGUCGCAUAAUGUCUACUCCCAACAUCGCUCAAGAUCUCCCCGAUCUCUUCGAUCUUCACGCUGAUCGCUUCGGGGACGAUUUGGUUCCUACGACGGAGCCCACCAUGCUCUCCCCUCAUCAAAUGACCGCCGGCGUCAUGGCAGGUCCCGAUUCUCUAGCGGAUCUGCCAUCUGGCACGAUCUCGCCCAAGGAUCUGUUCAUGGAUGCCUCUGCUCCGCCGUCGGCCUCUUUCACCGAUUUGAGCACUCCCUCAUUCGAGUCCCCAGGAUACUUCAGCCAAGAACCUUCCCCCAUGUUCGCUACGGACUUGGAACUAGGCCCUGGCGUUGAGGAGUGGGGUUCUCUCUUCCCCAACCAGGAUGAUUUCUCCUUGGGUCUUGAUACCACUGCCCUUGAACUUGCGGCUCUGUCGCAGCCCAAGGUCAAGCCAGAUGUCACCCCUGCAUCUCCUAUGAUCCGGACAACAUCGUCCCGUGCUACGUCUCCCUCCACUCGUUCAGUGACCAAGCACUCCACUGUGGCCGGUGUGAACGCGCGCCAGAGAAAGCCUCUGCCUCCGAUCAAGUUUGAUUGUCAGGAUCCCGUGGCCAUGAAGCGUGCUCGCAAUACCGAGGCGGCUCGUAAGUCUCGUGCCCGUAAGCUUGAGCGCCAGGAAGAGAUGCAACGCCGGAUUGAUGAGUUGGAGAAGUCGCUCGAAGAGGCUCAACGUCGUGAGCAAUAUUGGAAGGCUCUUGCCCAGAACAAGGCCUGAGUGAUCUAAAAGUCGGUUUUUUGUUACGUGAUAUAUCAUGCUGUUUCUGCAAGUGCUGUUAUGAAUGGGCUCUGCGGUGGGCGGGGCCUUUGAGCCUCUCGUCAACCCAGAUGUCGGAUGCAGUCACUGGUGCCUGGAACUGG